AUGAUGAAGUCAAAGGUGAGCGUGAACAGAAGUGGAGCUUCAGGAUGCGGACGGAGGAGCCACAGCCCUCCCACAUUAAGAAAGAAGAGGAAUACCCACUGAUCCCCCAUUUUAAAAACGAAGCAGAGGACCCACUGACACCCCAUUUUAAAGAGGAUGCGGUGGAUCCACUGACCCCUCAUUUUAAAGAGGAAGAGGAGGACCCACUGACCCCUCACAUUAAAGAGGAAGAGGAGGAACACAGCAUCAGUCAGCAGGGAGAGCAUCUUGAAGGACUGGAGGAGGUUGAUGUCACCAAGAUGCCAGUGACUGGUGUCCCUGUGAAGAGUGAAGGUGAUGAGGUCAAAGGUGAGAGUGAGGAGAAGAGAGAGGCAGAGCCUCCAAGCAGCAGCUCAACUCAACACAUGACAACAGAAGCUGAUGGAGACCACUGUGGAGGAUCACAAGCAGACAAGCUCUUAGCUCCACUAUCAGAUAGUGAGGACACAACGUCACACUCUCCUGACACUGAUGAUGAACACUCUAAAGAUGAUAAGACAUGUCACACUGACAACACACACUUCACAUGUUCUCACUGCGACAAAAUCUUUAAUUACCGUAGCAAUAUGAAAGUACACAUGAGAGCACACACUGGAGAAAAACCUUUUUCAUGUUCAACCUGCGGGAAAGAUUUUAAUCAAAUGGGCCAUUUGAAUACACACAUGAGAACACACACUGGAGAAAAACCUUUUUCAUGUUCAAUCUGUGGUAAAGAUUUUACUCAUCGUCAAAGUUUGAACAGCCACAUGAGAACACACACUGGAGAAAAACCUUUUAUAUGUUCAGUAUGUUGUAAAAGUUUUAUAAAAAGUCAGCAUUUGGAAGUACACACAAGAACACACACUGGAGAGAAACCUUUUAGUUGUUCAGUCUGUAGUAAAAGUUUUAUACAAGGACAGCAAUUGAAAGCACACACGAGAACACACUCUGGUGAAAAACCAUACACCUGUUCAAGCUGCAUCAAAAGCUUUCGUCACCUAAACACUCUUAAAGUACACAUGAGAACACACACAGGAGAGAAAGUGUUGAGUUGCAGUGUGUGUGGUGAAAGAUUCUCCUAUAAGUACCAGUGUAAGAAACACAAGUGUGCUGGUGAGAACAGCAGCAGCAAAUGAAGAUGCAGGAUUUGAAAUACACUUUCUAACAACAUCAGCACAUAUAACAUGUGUGACAUCAUUGUUGUGUGUGUAACACAAUCUUGUUAAUAUGAUUCUAACAUUUAUAGAUUAGACACUUCAGGUUAGUGCUUUUAUU